AUGAACAUAAACCCAGACUCGGCGAGGGAUAUUCCUUGCAAGAACGUUCUCAUCUACGGAUACUGCAAAUAUGAAAACAAGGGAUGUGCAUUUGCGCACCCAGCAUCAUCCAAGUCAUCUACAAUCAAGACAAACCUGGCUAAUGCCUCUACCAUAGCGACCGGAGACGCCACAGACGCGUCACCGCCCGCUGAGCCGAAAAGAAAGUUCAAUAUGAAUACACCUUCGUUCCAGCCAUCAGUCCUGGGUCUCACAAACAAGUUCAGUGCCCUUUCACCCAAGCUUAAAGAAAUUCCAGUGUUUGUGCCCGCAAGCAUGGAAUCGAGUGAGAAUCCAAUUACACAGUCCCUGAUAGCUAAUGUAUCGACUGCGACGAACUCCGGUAGCACAGGUGUACCUGGCGCGUCUGUAAACGCUUCAACUCCGGCGGAGAACAACUCUCCUUUUACGUCCCGAAAAUUCAACGUAUCCACGCCGUCCUUCACACCGUCCAAUACAACUGAAGCGCCAUUACUGCUGCCAGCAGCUAACUUUACGCUGCUGGCACCAACUCAACCGAAAUUGGCAAAUCCGUAUGCGUCGUCCUCCGCAGCAGACUUCAUGUACCACCACAGCCUGGGUGCUCUGGCUUACCCACUACAUCACCAUUUGUAUGCACCUGCGCCACCACCGAGACUUGCGAUGCCCUUAGGUCGUCAUGAAACAAACGCUUCGGCUAUGUUCAUCCCUAAUGAUUUACGCGAACUCCUUACGCGAAAGAAUGAGGCCACACUACAGACUAUGCCUCAUCUGACAUUACCCGACCAUGUGGGAGUGUACCAUACUUUGGUACCAAUUGAUUCAUCAUUUGACAAUGUUUCCAAAGAGUACCACUUGCCCUCUCACGUCUACAAAGUCUUGUCCAACGCUGAUGGACUCCCGUAUGCCAUGCGCCGCAUUGACUAUGGCACCCUGUUGCGGAUUGUCAACGAGUUGCCCUUCCGCACAGUUAAACGAUGGAGAUCCGUGAAGAAUCCCAACGUGAUCCAUCUACAAGAUGCUUUCACAUCCGUUGCAUUCAGCACGCAAGGAGAGCCGUCCCUUUGUCUCGUUUAUGAUUACUAUCCAUUGGCCGACACGCUACUGGAAAGACAUCUUAGCCGAAAGUUGGGUAGUAAAUUAGAGCCCGUGACGGAGGACCUCCUUUGGACAUAUGCCAUCCAAAUUACUGGCGCCCUACUUGACAUACAUCAGGCUGGUCUUUAUGCGGGCUCCUCGAUUUCUCUUAGCAAGAUCUUAGUAACUAACAAGAAUAGAGUGAGGCUUGGUGCUGUUUGCGUCGAUGAUAUAUUGGAGUUUGAAAAUUUGGACUCAGAGCGCAACGAAAUAGGCUCCGAAGCUGUUGUUGAAAAGUUACAGCUAGGCGAUGUCAUACGCUUUGGGAAAAUAAUACUUGAUCUCGCUGCGACUACGCUUCCUGCUGGUUUGCGAAACGGUUCGAUAGAGGAGAUGAUUGACAAUUUGCUGCGUUCAUCAUCAAUAUCCUUUUCAGGCGAAUUUUUGGAGACGCUUCGUGUGCUUAACAGUGCAGAGUCUGAAUUCAGCUUGAUAAAUUUCUACACGCGAUACCUCUCCCAGAGAGCUCUUAAACUUAUCAACGGUUUGCAAGAUCUGACAGACUAUUACGAGGGCCAGCUUCUGUCCGAGUUAGAAAACGCUCGUUUAUUCAGACUUAUGACGAAAAUUGAUUAUCUACUCAGCCAAUCAGACAAAGAGGACGAGGUGAACGGCAACCUUUUUGUUAUCAAAUUAUUCAGAGAUUUUGUCUUCCAGACCACUGACGAAACAGGAAAACCAAAAGUAGACUUGUCUCGCGUGCUAGUCAACUUGAACAAGCUCGAUGUAGGGGUGGAUGAAAAGAUCUUACUAGUGUCGAGAGAGGAAGACAGUUGCUUAAUGGUUAGCUACAAGGAGAUCAAAGACAUCAUGGAUCAGACGUUCCGCAACAUCUUCAGGUAG